AUGGCUCGUAAACACUCUAGAAGAUACAAUUAUUUACAGAUUUUGACGAAACUUGGUAAGAGUGUUCCACAUCACUGUGCUGCUCCACCAGAUGGUACCAAUUUUACAAUUGAUGGCAUAGAUCUACCACCAAGCUCCAAUAUAACAUACUAUCAAUGUAGUAUAGGGGUAAUACACACUACAGAUAAUACCUCUAAGUUACAAACAUUACCGUGUAUUUAUGGUAUGCAGUACACAGAACGAAAAUAUGUUUCAUUUGUUCCGGAAUUUGAUUUAGUUUGUGAUAGAGAAGCUUUAAGCGACUUUCCACAGACUUUAUUAAUACUUGGUCAAGCUCUAGGUGCUCUCAUACUGCCCUAUUUCUCAGACACAUUUGGUAGAAAACCUGUUCACGUGCUAAGUCAUAGCAUACUAUUGGUGAUAGGGAUUUCCAUUGCAUUUUCGCCGAAUUAUCUAGUAUUUGCUAUCCUUAGAUUGUUAAUAGGUGCUAUUCAACGGGAAAGUAUAUUUCUUUAUCUUCCCUCGCAAGCUUGGUCCGACAUGAACUAA